AUGCCUCAUAUUCCUCAGCUUGCUGUGAGCAAGGAUGGCGGACCAGAGGCAACGCUCCCUCUCCACCUCCGGGGAGUCGCUGUAUCGCGUUCUGGGACUAGACAAAAAUGCCACAGCCGAUGACAUCAAAAAAUGUUACAGGAAGUUAGCUCUGAAAUAUCACCCGGACAAGAACCCGGAUAACCCAGAAGCAUCCGAGAAGUUCAAGGAGAUCAACAACGCACACGGUAUCCUGACAGACUGCACGAAGCGCAACAUCUACGACAAGUACGGGUCCCUCGGCCUCUACGUGGCCGAACAGUUCGGGGAGGAGAAUGUCAACACAUACUUUGUGCUGUCCAGCUGGUGGGCGAAGGCCCUCUUCAUGUUCUGCGGCCUGAUCACAGGCUGUUACUGCUGCUGCUGUCUGUGCUGUUGCUGUAAUUGCUGCUGCGGGAAGUGUAAACCCCGGCCUCCCGAGGCAGAGGACACAGACUUCUACGUGUCACCCGAAGACCUGGAGGCACAGGUGCAAAACGACGAACAGGAUACCUCUGAUAUCCCAGUGAUGGUACAGCCUAGCUCUGCCACCGAGACCACACAGCUCACCACCGACUCCCACGUCAGCUACCACACCAAAGCAUUCAACUGAGCGUGUGUGGGGCCCCCGGUUCACUAGGAAUAGAGAGGAGGGGGGAGAACUGAAUUGAACCCUACAGCCCCCUGUGUAAACAUGUCCCCCCAAAAUCCUCCCUCAUCUGACCAGCUAUUAUCUCCUCCCCUGGCUGGGGAGAAAGGCGCAUGCUCACCACUCACCUUUCCGCCCACCCUCCAUGAUCAAAUCUUUUUAAUUUAUUUUUUGUUCAAGUCUAGUUUUUAAUGGGUAUAUUUUUGUAAUGGGGACCUGUUACUUCUGCACCCCUCCCUUCUGUUCCUUCUGUCUCGACCCCUGUUGUGCCGGAGCGUGAAACUUCCCUUGCCUCCACUCCCCUCCAUAGAGGAGGAGUUUGCAGUCCGUGUACCAUAUUCCAGGUCAGCUCAACAGGAAGCAAACUCGUCCUCGACAGUCACUUCCUGUUGUAGCGGCCACCGGACAGCCACCCCUCAAGAUGAGUUUUAACCGUAUGUCACAUUGUAGUCUGCGUGUGUGAAAGAGUGCGUGAUCGGCAAAAGCCAGCUCUGUUGUGCGCAAAUGAUGGGACGCUGGCUAGUCUGACGAUUUCUCCUGGCGUGG